AUGAAGGUCGCUGCCCUCUCCAUCGGCCUCUUCGCCGCCUCAGCCGCUGCUGCCCACAACCACAAUGCGGCCGCGAAACGCCAAUAUCUGGUUUACAACACCACUAUGCCCAACCCGGUCCCGGAGCAUACGCCCGCCCCGGAGCCUUCGACCACCUUGGUUGUCUACCACACCAAGGUGUUCACCGUCACCGACUGUCCUGCGACGGUGAAGGACUGCCCUGCGCGUUCCGGCGGCAAAUCGAUGGGUCAGGUUGUGACGAAGACUCUCGGCGCCUACACAACUGUCUGCCCAGUGACGAAGGCCCAAUCGGCUGCAUCGGCCGCAAGCCACGCCAUGAUGUCAACCUACUCUGCGGCCAAAGAAACCUCUCCCGGAGGUUACGGAAUGAACAUGCCGCCGACCGUCCCCGCCGAGACUCCCGGAGCACCCGGCUACGGCAAGGUUCCCCAUCCGCCCGCGGGUACUCCCCAGCCCCCAUACCCUACUGGCGAGUCGCAAUCGACAGCUAAGGGUCCGGUUGGAACUGGUGUCAACCCCAAGGGUGACGCUCCUUACCCAACCCUCUCUGGCGCUGAAUCGAUCGUGCUCACCUACACCCUUGGAUCCGGAACAUCGACCACGGUCGUGACUACCACGAUCAAGCACACCAAGACCAACACCGUCUACGCUACCAAGCCGGCCGGCGAGAAGGGGCCAGGCUACGGUGCUGGCCCCCCUGCUCCUGAAGUGACCACCACGGUUCAAGCACGUAUUACAUCCACUCGCUACAUCACCAUUGUCGCCGCACCUUCGGCCCCUGUCGCCAGCGACAACGCUUGCCUUCCCGUCACUGUUACCGUUACCAAGGCUGUCACUGUUCCUGGCUCAGGAUCGUGCCCCAAUCAGCCCACUGGUGCCCCAACCGCCGAGGGAUCCAUCCCAUCCGGACCAGCUGGUGGAUACCCUGUCGACAGCGGCCUCGUACCAGUCGCCUCGAGAGUCAACAACGCUGGCCCUGCUGGUCCUGCUAUCACCCCUCCAUCCAACCCACCCGUUCCGGGCUACCCUGGUUCCCCAUACGGUAACAGCACCAUGACCUCCACCAAGAAGAAGUGCUCCAGCGUCUUCCCCCCCGGACACCCCAGCUACGUUUCCACGGCAGUCGGUGUUCCAUCUAGCACCGCCCCAACCUCUUCCCACGUCCCCACUUCCACUUCUUCCCACGGCCCCGCCCCUACCGGUGGUUACCCCGUGGUGCCCCCUCCCGUCUACCCUCUUGUUGCUGCCGCAAGCAGCAGCAGCAUCAUCCUCGAAACCUCCACCGCCGCCGGACCUGCCGUAACGCCGCCGGUCCCCGUCAUUUACAGCACCGCAACCGUCGUCCCCGUGCCAAGUGAAGCACCAGGUGCCUACUACCCCAUGAACCCCCUCCCAGUCUCCUAA